CACACACACACACACACACAGGCAGAGAGAGACAAAGAGAGCGCGAGGGAGAGUUACAACAGGAUAUUUUGUCACUAUGGUUACUGCCAGCAGAUACAUAUCUUGAUUUCUGUAUGUCAUGCUGUUCUCAUUCAGGGCAGCGUGGUUGUAGUGUCACCAGGACAGCUCUUAUAACUGAGAUAAACUUUGCAGAAGAAGUGUCAUGCCUUCUGGAUUAAUGUGACUUCAGUGAAUCUCAAGAAGAACAUCUGUGAGCUGCUGGUUCCUAAAAUAUUAAGAUGGGUUCCACCACUGUGCCUGUGACAUUGACGUCCUCAUCCAUCAACAAUGCCUCUAAUAAUUCUACCUGUGACACCCUGUACGCCCACCGGGACUACGUCAGGGUGCUCAUGCCUCUGUUCUAUAGCAUUGUGUUCUUUGUGGGACUGCUCGGUAACUGCCUCGCCCUCCACGUCAUUCGUCCCAAUAUGAAGAAGAUCAACUCCACCACCUUGUACUCUCUCAACCUGGUAAUUUCUGACAUCCUCUUCACCCUUUCUCUGCCUGUGAGGAUUGCGUACUAUGCUAAGGGCUUCCACUGGCCUUUGGGUGAGGCUAUGUGCAAGAUCUCAGGCCUCAUCUUCUACGUCAAUACCUACGCCGGGGUCAAUUUCAUGACCUGCCUCAGUGUGGAUCGAUUCAUCGCUGUAGUCCUGCCUCUGCGCUUUGCCCGACUCAGGAAGGUCAGUAAUGUGCGCUUCAUUUGUGUUGGUGUGUGGCUGCUGGUCCUGGCACAGACCCUCCCCCUCCUGGGCAGUGAUAUGACCAACAAGGAACCUGAUGGCUUCAUCACCUGUAUGGAAUACCCCAUGUUUGAGAAGGUGAAGCAUGUUGCUACUAUGUUGAUUGGUGCUGUCAUCCUUGGUUAUGUCAUCCCUAUGGUGACCAUCCUUGUGUGUUACUCCGUCUUGUGCACCAAACUCCACUUCUCAGCCAAGAACAACCAUUUGACAGAAAAGUCUGGCCGGAGCCGCAAGGCCAUCGGAGUGAUCUGCUGCGUAUCCUUUGUGUUUGUUGUCUGCUAUAGCCCGUAUCACAUUGACAUCCUGCAGUAUAUGAUCCGCAAGCUGGUGUCAAACCCUGACUGCGCUGAUCUCACAGCCUUUCAGGUGUCGCUGCAUAUCACUGUGUGUCUGAUGAACCUCAACUCCUGUUUGGAUCCUUUUAUCUACUUCUUUGCCUGUAAAGGCUACAAGAGGAAACUUCUGAAGCUGCUGAAGCUACAGAUCAGCAUGUCCUUCUCCAGUGCUGUGAGGACGUCACCUGAAGGCUCCUCCAAGGAUUUUAUUGAUGGCAACAAGAUUCAACUCAACAGUUCCACUGUAGGUACAGCCAGUGAGAGACUCACAGAGAGAAGAUUUCAGCGUCACGAGGAAACAGAGGAUACUUUUUCAUAAAGCAUGCUUGUCUUCUGCCCGUAGACUGAGCCCUGAUGCAGUAGAGCAUGUUGUAAGUCAACUUAUGUGCUGAAAAUUAUUGAACAUCUACAAGUUGACAUUAUGUGUGUUCAUGUAACCUAUAGCAUGUGAAGUGUUAUAUUCCUAAAAGCAGCAUACUCAUGCGAAAAAACAUUUUUGAGACUUAGCAUUUGCAACCGAACAAUGACCUCACAUCUGAUCCCAUCGUUACUUUUAUGAACUGCAAUGUUAAGGGAGAAUUCCAAAAUGAAAUCAGGCUCACAAUCUCAGGUUUGUUUGUUUUUUCAGUUUCAGUUCAGCAUAUAGUUAUACUAUUUCAGGAGCUGACAAACUGUAAACUCAUGAUUUCAACUGCUUGCUGAAUGAAUUAACCUUAAUUGUUUGUAAAAGCACCACACAUUUGUUUUCUCCUGGUAAAAUGGGUGUGGUCAGUGAUGUCAUUUAAUUUAAAGGAGCCCUGUUGAAUUUUCUUGUAAACAAAUAAAAGUAACAUUUGCAUUCAGUGUUAUUCACAAAAA